CCCAAACACAAGCAAAAUGGAGGAUUGAUAUUCUUCAAAAUGACAACAAAAACAUCUGAUAUACGAUAACAAAAGGUGGGAGGGAAUCACAUCAGACAUGGAGUCUCCCCAAACAGAGUCGCCUCCCUUAGCCUGGCCAGCCUCUCAAUUCAUUACAAAGGCUGAGGAAGGAACAGUUUCAAUAGGUGAGGAUAGCAAAGGAGACAGCUCUACUUCUGCCUGUGUCAGUGGCGCACCUGUUACCACAGAGUCUGUCGAAGCCCAGGCUGAGGCUCUAGCAGAACAUACAAUAGCGCUGACUGGAACAGCAGACACAUGGGGUCCAAAUGAAGUUGAGGUUGUCUCCAUGGAUACCAGUUCAUCAGCCCCGACCCCUGUACCUGGUGUGUGUGAGCCAGUGACCUCUGACCCAGACAUUCUGGUUGAAGGGGAAUCACCUCUGUUCCUAGGGGAGAGAGCUGAACAAUUAUCUGAUCCCAUGGCUAACUCUCAACCUUUGUUCCUAGCAGACUUGACCUCUGACCCUACACCACUCACAGACAACUUUCGUUCUUACAUGGACCAUCUCUCUCACUUGUCCCAUGAUCAUGACAAGUGGGACUGGGAUCAAGAUCAAGGACCAUCACAAGGUCAUCAAGGUCAAACGGCAUUCACACAAGCCUCAGCCUCCAAUGCAGGCUCUGAGGAAAAUCAGUGUGUUAAAAAGGACAAAUCAAAGUCUGUGAAAAACUCUCACAAACAGACUGAUCGUCGUGGCAAUAAUGACCACAGUCAGUCAUUGGGGGACCGAUCAGAUAUCAUGGACUCCUUGAACCCCUACUCUUUGUUUAAUUUGCCAGCACCAGGGCCUGAACCUGUGUGGGGGAGACUGUCCUACCGAGGUCGGCGCAAUCCUGGGGAUACCUCUGGUAUGAUGAGUGCCUUUUUCCCCCCUAAUCCCUCCCGCCGUGGCCAGAAUCGUGGCUGUAAUCACCGACCCCACCAAACUCUUCCCGUCCCUCCAACCUCUGGGGCCACCCAGCCUUGUGAAACAUUCCCUAGUCUUCCUACCCAAAGAGCCCAGAUGGAGGGCUGGUGUUGCCGUCAGGGUGAUUCAGUAUCCAUGCACAAUCAGGCCUGUACUCACCCUGAAUGUGGUUACCUUGGUGACAUACAGCCUACAGAUCUCACCCAAUCAGGAAGGCAGCAGAUAAGUCGCUCUGAUCGGCCAUCUUGGCAUGAACCCAUCAGAAUGUCAAGGUCAGGUGAACAAAGAUCAAAGUCUCGACCCGCAUCCAAGACGGCAAUCUCUAGUGAUACAAAUGAAGAAGUGGAAUGUCAUAUUUCAGGGACAGGUGUGGAUCAUAAUGAUGAACAGGAUAUGUCAAGGGACACAACACCUGUGCCAAGGGAGGUCACACCAACAGCAGCCUCACGACGUGAGUUUAUGGCUCAUAUGGAGAUGGACCAUUCAGAGGUGAAAGGUCAGAAUUCAGGGGUUACGGAGAAAUUAGAUGACAGCAUAGACCUGACUGUACAGGAUGGCCCCACCUCCAGGGCAGAUAGUACCACACCCACAGGUCUUGUUGUUGAAGAUGUGGAGCUGUCGUCAGGUUCGGAGGAUAGUGAUGUGGAGGUAGUGAGAGUUGAGACAAGGAGGGGAAGAGGACGGGGAGACUCUGGUCGAGCUGCAACAGUGGUGGUAGAUCUCACAGAGUCAGACGAUGAGAGAGGAAGCAGUCAAACGCAGACGUCAAGUGACAAUCAGCCAAACUCUGUCUUCCCACCCUGUCUCCAUGACAACAGUCGAGUGUCGUCUGCUCACCCAGUCAGUGGCGAGGUGCGUCCCACAAGUGAUGUGGGUCCAGACAUGUUCCAGCACAUUCCACACUUCAGGGGUCAGCCUCCACCGGCUCACAUCCACAACUUCGGCAAUGGUAUUCGCAUCGCCCACAACUGUCACUCAAAUGAUGGUCCCUGUACCAACCACUCCUGUCAACAGAGGCGACAUCACCAUAUGGUUAGCUGUCCAGAUCGGUCUUCCUGUGGUUUCCAUGACCACAGCCACUGCAGCCAUGCUAACAUAGGUCGUCAGGGAUAUAACAGGCACCCUCAUUACUAUUCGCAUGGUAAUUGUUCCCAUAGUGGAGGGAACAAUCAUCCCCAUGUACACCAUCCAACACCUCACCCCACACCUCACCCCCAGCCACACCCCCCUCACACUCCCCAUCCCCCUCGUGCCCACAUCCAUCACCACCACCAUCACAUUGCUCCCUUCACGAUGUCCCCAGCCGUCCUUCCCAUGUUGCUACCACAACAGCCAUUCACCCCUCAGACCUUCAAUGACCUGACGGCCCACCACAUUGAGGGACCCCCACUGUUCCAGGCAAGCAACCACAGCAACCCUGCAUGUAUCCAGGGAACAGCUCACCCUGGUAACCCAGCCUGCAUGCAGAACUCCCCCAAUCCUCUGAUGGCAUGGCCAGGAUUGCGACCCCUGAGCUCGUCACAGGAGCAUGGAGCAACAUCAUCAGCUGGUCCUGAUAUUCGGACUCCAUGCUCCCAGACCCAGAUGCCCCCAGGAUCGUUGCCGCAGCCAAUGAGUGGAGCGUGUCCAUUCCCACCUGGUAUUGGGGGCCAGAACCAUCUUCACCUCUCCACUAUGAAUGGACCAGCCCAUUUCCCCCAGCAUCAUCACCUUCAUCAUCACCAUCACUAUCACCAUGGCAACCCAGCUGCCCCUCGGUUACAGCACUUCUCGAUACCAACACUCCAUCCCGAACUCAUGUCUCAAGGACCCAGUAUACAUCAAUUCUCAUUCCCUGGGCCAAUCCCUGGUUUCCAUAGGAACAUGCAAAUGAGACUUGGCAGGAUGAUGCUGCAUCAUAGGCCAAUGUAUGAGGAAUUUUUAAGUCUGGAAGAAAGACUAGGAAAUAUAAACCGUGGAGCCACAAAGGAGGUGAUAGAGCAGAACACGCUGCCCCACAAAUACCACAGGAUCAAGCGAGAUGCAGAUGGAGACGAUGAACAACCUGAGAAGUGUACCAUCUGUCUAAGUGAAUUUGAGGAGGCUGAGGAUGUGAGACGCCUGCCAUGUAUGCACCUGUUUCACAUUGAAUGUGUGGACCAGUGGCUAACCUCCAACAAGAAGUGUCCAAUAUGCCGGGUUGAUAUCGAGGCAGGGUCGAAAGGGCAAAUCUCCUCCCAGAACUGAUUGGACACUGGUUGUCACAUGCUCAACAUUUUUCGUUGAUUUUGGUUGGAGGAGUGGAUAUAUCACGAUAUCGUGGGUGUGAAGUUGAUUGGUGGCUUGUUGGGGCUGCAGGUUACAGCUGUACAGAAGUAGUAAUCGUCAAUGGCUUUAAUGUUGAUUAGACACUGACAGUGAGUCAGGACAUAAAGGCUAUAAACUCAGGGCUGGUUGAUAUUAAUUGGUUGAUAAGUGAUAAAGGUCAAACCUCAGGAAAGACGAAGGUCAAGGUCAACAGUCAAUAAUCUCAGGACUAAAAUGGUCUGUGGGGCUGGCCUCCUGCAGUUGAGACCGAAUAAAAAGCAAGUGGAGUUAAUUUGUUACCCCAGCUAUUCUGUAACUCUGUAAACAGCAAGGGGAGGUAACUUGUUACCCCAGCUAUUCUGUAACUCUGUAAACAGCAAGGGGAGGUAACUUGUUACCCCAGCUAUUCUGUAACUCUGUAAACAGCAAGGGGAGGUAACUUGUUACCCCAGCUAUUCUGUAACUCUGUAAACAGUGAGGGGAGGUAACUUGUUAACCCAGUAAACUGCAAAGCUGUGACCCACCUAACAGAAAGGGGGAUAAUUUGUUCAUUCAGCUACACUUUGCAAUGCUUAAUCAAAUGAACACUGAUAACUUCUUACUGAGGGUUCAAGGGUUGUACAAUUCAAAGAAAGCCCUAAAUUAAAUGGAAGAUCCCUUAAAAGGUCCUAAAAUAGGAUAACUUUGGCAUCAAAAUUCUGUAUGAAAUCUGGUCAGGGUGACCAGCUUUUAACAUUAAGUUAUCAGUGUUCAACGUACAAGACCUGAACAAUAAUUAUCUCUAAUGAAAAUGCCAGAACGAUCAUGUCUGGUCGUCUCGCUCCUUCAUCACAUGUGGAGGUAGCUCGCCAUCAGAAAAAUAGUCAAGUACAAUGGCUGACACCCUAGGCCAUCCUGGCAAAUAUCAUUUGUAUAAAGAUGCAAUUAUUUUGUAGCUGGUUGCUAUAGCAAUGCUAAUGGUGUUCUGCCAUUUUGAAGUUUACAGGUCAGUAACUUAAGGUCAAAGGUUAGAUCAACAAUCAUGUGUGCUAUUAUAUUUUUAUGCCUUUUAACUUAAGAUUUGUAAAAUAAAAUAAUGUGCUAUCAUUGUGCUAUUAAUGUAUACAUAAAGUUUGUUAUAUACAAUCAUGGUCAUUUGACCUGGUCACAUGAUUUGAGUGUGAGAGUGAACAAGUCACAUGACAAGUGAGGGAGUGUCAGGGGUCACAUGAACUUGUCAACAGUGACAUUUGUAUUGUGAUUAUGGAAUUAAUUUUUACGUAGAAAAUUGUAUUUAAAAAAGGUUUUAACAGUACAGAGUGCUGAUAUUUUAAUUGAUGUAUGCAAAUGUAUUUUUUUGCAACAAUAUUUCAUCAACAUCGAAAAGCAGGGAAAUCGUUUUAGCAGAGUAUUAUGAAUUUCCUGGAAAUACAGUAGAAUUCUGUUUUGUCCAACUGAUUUUUGUAAACUGACUUAUUAGUGUACAAGUUUUUACAAUAAGUGAUGUUGUGCAAAAUUUCCUAGAGAACCAUCGUGAGAGAUUGAACAUGGUGACUGAGAUGUCCUCACCGCAUUAAAGGGUCAGUAUCGAUCUUACAGCUAACACAAAGAGUGUGACACAUGUCACAGUGGAUUUAAUUGGAUAUAUUGACAGGUGUGAGAAAAAGUGUCAUGUGACCGCGAGACAGGUUUAAUGACCCUAGAGGUGUGUAGUAUCUCCCUUGUUAAGGAGACUAAUGCCAUCUCUGUGGCCAGAGACGAGGCCCAUUCUGAUGGUUGCUAAAUGUGGCAGGUCUUGUCACACGGCGCUUUAUCAAAGUGGCAUUCUUAUAUCAUGUUUCUGAAGCCAGAAACAUGGUCAUGUCUCCUUUGUGUGUCUGGCAUGGGUCUUUGUUUCUGACCAGGAGUAAGGUGUGUUCCAUGUUUAGCCAGGAGCAUGCUUACCCCCCGCUAUUUACUCACUUACUUCCUAGUCACUAGUAGUUAUUUCCAAGUAUGUUGUGCUUUUGAAUGAAUUUAAGUGAAUUUGUGCAAUUUUUUAAUUGUUUUUAUGGAAAUAAGCUGGCUUUAUAUUAUAUAUACAUGAUUGUGAUUUUAUAUGUGUUAAUCCCCAAAGACCACCAUAGACUGGUCCAGAGUGACUAAAGACUGGUCCAUUGCGUAUAUUUAGGGUUGAAGGGGUAGGCAAUGCAGCCAAAUAAAGCUUUCCAGAACUAAUAUUAUUAAACAUUUUAUAUUUAAUCUGUGUCACAAGGAUGUUUUAACAUUGUAUCUGCAUCUUCAGAAUGUUUAGCUUUGUAAUCUGAGUCUUAAUGAUGUGUCUGAUUCUGGAUUUUUUUUUCUAUUUGUUUUAUGAAUUAAUUUGUUAAGGACUGUGUUUUACCUAGAUCUCAAUCUGAUAGGCUUCUCAUUUGUAUCCAUUCAUAGAUGCAGACUUUGAAGUAUACAUGUAAGCCUGAAGUCCUGCCUUGCUUAAAAGAUAAUACUCUCUUUGUACAAUUUUGAAAUUAUAAAAUAUCUAAAAUCAGUUCAAAAUUUCAUCCUUAAAACUAAAAAUUGUCUUUUUUCCUUUCAUAUUGAAUAUUAUAGCAUAAAUAGCCACCCAUUAUUUCUGUGUAGAAAUUACUUGUAAAGAUUUUAUCAGAAGUGAUUGACUACUUGGAGGUUAGACUACAGCAGACAUUUAUAGUUAUUUUGUCUUUUUUUUUUAUUCAGUAAACCAGUACUAGGUUAGCAUAUCAGUUUUGUUAUUUAAUAUGUGAAAUUUGUUCCAAACAUUGAGAAUAUUUUUGUAAUUAAUUUUGAAAAAGUUUAAGUGCUAAUGUAUUUAAAUUAACAGCAGAAUUUUUUUUUAUUUCAUGACAUUUUUGAUGCUGGCAACUAAAGACCUCCAUAUUGAAUAUUGUCAAUUGGCUUUUUAACCGAUAUGGAUAAAUAACAUGUAUCUGGCAAGUGCCCUAACAUACUGUUAACAGAUACAGAUUGUAGUGGUUUUAUUUGUUUAUGCUUUGGAAGGAUAUAAUAAAAGGUCCAUUCACCAAGCUCUGUGUUGUAGAGUUUGAUGUCCUUCAGUAUACAACACUGCACUGAGUAACCUCAAGUUGUUCAUUAUUUUGAGAAAAUCUUUUCAUUUUGCCAUAGAAUUACUUGUUCGUUGGAUUUUUGCAUUUUCGAAAAAAAGAAAAGAAUUUUGAGACAAAAACAUUUUGGAAACUGGGUUUCACCAGGUAGAUGUUUUGUUUAUUUUAGCAGUAAGAUACACUUUGUUGUGCAGGAUUUAUUAUAGUUUGGUAUAAAUAUCUUGAUACAUAUAACAGUGAAGGAAACGAUUACAAGUGAGAUUCAACGUGAUGAUCAGUGAUAGCUGUGGCAGUUUCUAUGAUGGAAUGGUGUGGUUGUAAGAUUUCAGUAGAGUAGAGAGUGGUGGGCUAUUUUUCUUAUUUAAGGCUUUACAUCUGGUGUUAACUGGCAAGAUAUACUACUUAAUCAAACUUCACUCUGUUUAUGUCCGACAGCUGCGAUAGGGAAACAGGUUCAGUGUUCAUAGGACCAUUUCUAACAGGUCAACAAGUACAAAGUAUCAUCAGGGCCCCACGUCAUUCAUAAUGUCAGGAUUAUACAUAGGAAGGGCCCAGAUACAUUUGUAAGGUAUGUGCACUAUCAGGGCCAAUGUGAAAUUAUUAGUUAUGUACAUUCUCAGGGCCUUAUGUUUGGGACUGUCGUUUGACUCUGACGGGGUAUUCCUUACAUGGAAGAACGCAUCAUUCAGUCAUUCAUGGAAAGUCCAUGAAGGCAUUUUCACAAGUUCAAAAACUUGGAAAGUACAAUUUUAUAUCUUUUGAUAAAAGAAUAUCAUAAAACUGGAUAUUUUAUGUUGCUUUUGACAAGAAAUUGGCAAUGUCUUAAUAUGGUCCCGAUACAAUCAGGACGUUGGUUGAAUGUGUUAAAGAUACCUUUUGAGAGUAACUGUUAAUACACUCAAACUUUUUAGAGUUUACCAUCAAAACAAGUAUGAUGACUGGUAAGUAUUAUAUAGACUAAAAGGUGCAAGGUGUUUGAAUCCUUGUACUGUAAAGUCAGGGAUUUUCAUUGAAUUUUAAUAAUUUUGAUUUCAAAGGUAUUCGUAUCCAAAUUCUUGUGUUUGUGAAUCAAUAAACAGUCAGUAGAGUUAUUGAUUUGGGUAUUUUCAACACUGGUCAAAGUGCCAAGAUAAAAAAACAAAAAAGUGAAAAUCAAUGGUUUUACAAUACAUGUGAGAGCAGUACUCAGUAUUGUGUGCUCGGCGACGUACCCUGGGACUACAUCUGUAGUGUAAUUGUGUGCUCGGUGACGUACCCUGGGACUACAUCUGUAGUGUAAUUGUGUGCUCGGUGACGUAUCUUGGGACUACACCAGUAGUGUAAUUGUGUGCUCGGCGACGUACCCUGGGAUUACAUCUGUAGUGUAAUUGUGUGCUCGGCGACGUUCCCUGGGACUACAUCAGUAGUGUUAUAGUUUGUAUGACAGUGAUGUAUCUUGCUGUAUUGUCAUUAAACUAUAUAGUCACAA